AGUAGGUACCCGGCCCUGUUGUAGUACACAUGCAGGCAACGUGAGCACCAUUCUUAAUAGUUUUUAUAAUCGGAGCAUCAAUGGAGCGCAGAAUCUUACUUUUUUACAUAAGAUAAGCGAAUAUCUGUAUGUAUACAUAUAGGUACGCACAGUUCCAUGUAAACGAUCGUAAGUCGACUGGGUAAAAAUAAUCGUAAAGUACUAUGUCUUAUAAUUCAUUUAAAUAUAAAAAUAAAUAGGGUAAUAAGUAUUUGUGUGUAUAUUCUCAAUUGGCCUACAUCCCCACUUAGGACGGGUAUAGCCCGCCCUUACAUAAGAUAAAAGGACUUAAAGGUUUAGUCUGAGUUGAUCUACUGAAGAGUUCUCUUGAUCGUGAUGCUCUAGCAUUUUUGACAAUUAUUUUAAUCUUAAAGUGACACUUAAAGCCAAGAUGGAUUUUGGUGGUCAGUGUGAAGACAAAAAUACACAUGGUUUAAGCUCUGAAAUUGGACUUCUUUCUCUCUACGAUACCAACCCUCGUGAUUCUGAAUUGCAGGACGUUCUUAAGGAAAAGCUAGGAGAUGAUGCGUUCUUGGAAGAAUUUGCUAAUGCUAACCUCUCCCAAUCUACCAGUUUACCCACUAAUUUUAGCAGCCUUAUGGAAAAACCACUCGUUGUAGCUUUUACGUUUCAAGCCCGCAAAAUUUCAGACAUUCCCUUUAAAAAGAGAUUCUCGCCAAGGUAUAAUAAAGAGAAAAUAUUCAACAUUAGAAAAAAGAAAUUGUUGAUGCGAGCAUCCAAAAAUGAAGAUAGCGUAAUGUCAGAAUCAAGUGAGUCGCACCUUUAUUAUAGUCAGAAACGCAAGACUUUAGAGUCUGACACUUUUCCUCUUAGAAAGAAGAAAAAGUUUUUUUCCUAGAAAACAAAAAGUCACAAUUCAUAUUAUAAGACCUACAUUCUAAUAUGAUUUUUUUUGUGGUAGCAAAAUUAUACUCGAAAAUCACUUUAAAUAAUUGAUAUUUAUAUUGUGUAAUUAAUAAAAAAAGGUUUAAUUAUUUUAGAGUAAUAAUGUAAA